AUGAUUACCCUCUCACGUACCGGAGCCGCCGAAAACGUUGCACUGAUCACUCUGAACCGCCCGAGUGCUCUGAAUGCUCUCUGCCGUGAGCUUAUGCUGGAAUUGUCUGAAAAUCUGCUGAAAGUGGAGAAGGAUCAGUCGUACCAUGUGAUUGUGCUCACUGGAAGUGAGAAGGCAUUCGCUGCCGGAGCCGAUAUCAAGGAGAUGGCCAAGUUGGAGUUUGCAGAUGUUUUUGAGAAUGACUAUUUCACGAACUGGGACACCUUAUCACACAUCACAAAACCUGUGAUCGCCGCUGUCAACGGAUUUGCCUUAGGCGGAGGCACGGAACUUGCCUUAAUGUGUGAUAUAGUAUAUGCUGGAGAGAAUGCAAUAUUCGGCCAACCGGAAAUCACCAUCGGAACCAUCCCCGGAUUAGGUGGUACCCAACGAUGGCCCCGGUAUGUGAGCAAGUCAGUUGCCAUGGAAAUAUGCCUAUCAGGCGACCGACUAGGCGCUCAGGAGGCGAAGGAAGACGGCCUGGUGAGCAAGGUGUUCCCGGUGCAGCAGUUGGUUGGGGAGGCUGUUCUGUUGGCUGAUAGGAUCGCUAAGAAUUCUCCUCUUAUUGUGAAAACUGUCAAGAGAUCCCUAAACUCGGCCUACCAAACCAGCCUAAAUCAGGGCCUUGAAAUGGAAAAGCAGUUGUUCCAGUCGACCUUCGCCACCAAUGACCGCCGGGAAGGAAUGUCAGCUUUCGCAGAGAAACGGGCUCCCAAAUGGACUUCAAGUUGAAAA